AUGAAAAAGUGGAGAGACUCAAAAGAUCUGUACUUGGCAAAGCUUUUGGACACCGGAUUAAAUGCAGUUCCUCCUUCCCAGCAGCAAUUUAGCUCCAUGACGGAAUUGGAAUUUACAUCAUGGUUAAAGAAACAAAAUCUGAAUACAACUUCUGUGUCAAAGAAAAAGUAUGUGUUAAAUUAUUCAUCAACAUCGUCAGAGAGUACAACAGAAUGUACUAAUAUCUUGGUGUUACCACUAUCCCUUGAGAAUAAUGCCACUAUCACUGGAACAGCUUCUGUACUGGAAGAAUUUGGAAAGGAAUUCAAUAUCCCAUGCAACCAUGCGAGAGUUGUUUUGCCGUACAAUGAGAGAAUGAAAACAUUUAAUACUGACGAUGCAAGAAAACAUCACGAAUUUUUGUACUUGCUACAAGAACACAAGAAAGACAUGGAACAGCUUAUGCAGCAACUGUCAAAUAUGGAAAAGAACUUACCGAUGGAGAUGACCCAACAGAAGUGGAAAGUGCGAGGAAAUUGA